AUGGCCCUAUCAGCCAAGGCAUUUAAGAGCCUCAUUACUGACAUCUUGAAGCAAAAGCAGCGAGAGUCCGGGCAUGUUCCUUCAAACGCAAGUGCAAGGGCUGCGCCUGAUCAGCAUUGGCAGCAUAGGAAAGAAGGGACCGACACUACAUCAUAUCACAAUGACCAGUACAACAAUCAGUCUUCUCACCAGCCUACGAAGGGGAGCCCUGAUCUGGGCGUUUUGGAUUUUGCCCAGGCAUGUGGUGCCGCGUCGGGAGAACCGCAACCUCGUUCUAGACGCCAGAAAUCUUCGACAGGAUUAGAGCAGGCUGUAGAGAAAGUCCAAGACUUUUCUGGAACGCCCGAAAAUGCUGUUCGCUCUAUUGAAAGAUCUACUGCUCAAAAUGGGACCAAUAGUGUCUCGCAAAAGAAGGACAAACGAGUCACGCGACGCCUGGAAGCAGAGAGGAUAGAACUUGAGAAACGACUCUUGAAGCUCGAACAGACACAAUUGGCAGGAAACCAUAAUUCACUGAAAAGGGAGACUCGUCGCCUGACAAAGAAGCAGCCCCUUGGUAGCUCUAGCAGGAGCUCUAGUGUGAGUGCUGACGAAUCUCGGCCUUCUUCGAGGCGUCUUUCUGCUUUGUUCUCAAUAUCCAGACGUACAUCAAUGUCGCGAUCAAGCUCUGUAAAUGGCAGGAAUGGCGAAGAAUCAACAGAUAGCGCACCUGUUCCAACGAAAACACCAGCGGACGAUGUUUCAACCUUACGGGUCGCUAAACCCUCUUUAUCCACAAGUUUGCCGGAGCGAUUUAGUGCAGUAAUAUCCAAAGGGUUAAUUGUUGGGAGCAAUGCUCUGCUUCAAGACAAGACGCCCCCGGCGCAGUCUUCUCCAUCACCACCAGCAGCCACAACUGCAACGAACCAAUCAGAGACACUAGAGGUGAACGAAGAAUGCUCCUUACAGAAGCCUGAGCCAACAUUAGACCAUGCGAAGCACCAGAUCGACGAUUAUGGCGAAUCGUCAAAGUCACGUAGCUUACACACGUCACCUGAUUUGGACCGGAUAUCGUUCGCAGCGACUCUACAUCUUGCAAGAAGGGCUCGAGAUAACGAUCAGCUCCAGGGCCGGUCUCCAGGCACGGUCCAGUACCCAUCGCUUGUCCAGAGGGAUGUAACACAGAAUGGAAAGCUCUACGACUCGCAAACUCCUGGGACAUCAAAGAUGGGCGUAUUUUCCCAACCGAACCCAAGUGCAGUUGAAAACCCAGACAGCUUACCAACUAAGGCAUCAGUCAAGUCUAUUCCUAGGAGAACUUUCAAACCAUCACCCCUUGCAGGUGACUCGACAAGCCGCGGGAGUUCUCAGUCACUUGUUGGAAACUCUAGCACUUCGCGUUUGCGCAAUUCUGGAGGAUCCAGCGGCGCGAGACGAACUCCAUCCUCCCCAUUGGCGACGGUUGCAACGAGCAUGUCUCCUGCUGUGGGAUCUUUGCAAUUCUUACAACCUUCAAUCAAUAGCCAAUCGGAGACAGAAAGGGAAGGUAAGGCACUAGAUGCUGCCUCUGAACGUACUCCCAAAUCAAACAAUUCUGCAAACACACGUGUCUCGAAAGAACAAGAAGCUCUCGAUUCCGUUUCUUCGCAACACCCACGGACUCGUCAUUUGACACAGAGCUCAGCACCGGUUUCAUACUCCCUACAACUGUCUGCGGAGUCACGAAUUCAGGCUUCAACUAAUGAGAAGAAUAUUAAUCAUCCGAGCCUGAAACAUAAUCGCCAAGAAGAAGCUACAGCUAUUCAUGGUUCCCGAAUAGCGAGUGUCAACCAGGAUAUACCUCCCCUGCCAGAGCACAAAUCAGGUGGAAGCCUUGAUGCCCAGCAAUUUGCAACGGCAGGCAGCGCAUCUUCACGAAGCUCAUCUCCAGAGCCUUGUUCGGAAGACUACAAUACUGCCGAUGAAACUGGAUCAAUAGGAUCUGUACCUCGAGGCAAUGAUGACUGCUUGGAUAAAUAUGGUCGAAUCGAACGAUUCCACCCAUGCGAGCAAAUUCUCAGAUGUCGCGGUAUCCAAGGUGGGCAACCCGCACGGUGA